UAUAGAUGUAUGUAUAAGUGCCUUAUAUGAUAUAUAUACAUAGAUAAAGUAUAGUCACUGUGUGUCUAGUUUACUUCGCGCGAUCUUAAUGACGUCAGCAAGCAUGUGUGAACAAUUUUGAUUACAUUUUUUGUCUUUAAUCGUGUUCGGAACGCAUUUACGAAGGUGCAUCGCAAAGUUUGUUUCGCUUUGGUGUAUAUAUGUACAUAAAUCGAUCAGGAAGCUACGAGAAUGUACUAGAAUUUGAAGACUAACCACGGGGAACUUGGCACCCCAUGUGUCAGGCCUAAUAUUACUCGUAUAACCUCUGACAGAACCAGAGAUUGUGUUCAGUUAAAGUUUACCGCUCGAUUGAGACAGAAGUCAUGUCGGAAGAAAAAGUUCUUCUCCACUGUUAUAAUCGUGGUUGUGGGCAGAAAUUUGAUCCGAGUAACAGCAAAGAUGAUGAGUGUGUUCAUCAUCCUGGGGUACCUGUAUUCCAUGAUGCGUACAAAGGAUGGUCAUGUUGCAACAAGAAGUGUACAGAUUUUACAGAGUUUUUAAAUAUUAAAGGCUGUACGAAGUCAGGUCAUUCUAAUGAAAAACCAUUGGAACCUGAGAAACCUGCCGUUGAUAAAUCAAAAGCAAAUGAAAUAAUACAGGUCACUGCACAGCCACUUAAUAAUGGACCAAGUCUGGCAAGGCCAGCAUUUGAUAGUCCUCAAGUUACUUUAAAUCCUGUAGUGUCUCCUGCCUUGUUACAACAAAUUGAAGGACUGACAGCUACCCAAUUGACCGACACUAAAGAGGAUGUUAUACCUAUUGGUGAAAAUUGUAAAAAUAACUCUUGCAAGAGUACGUAUCAAGGUCCUGGAUCAGAUGAAGGUGAAUGUGUUCAUCAUCCUGGUGUACCAAUCUUCCAUGAGGGCCUCAAAUAUUGGUCUUGCUGCCAAAAGAAAACAACAGAUUUCUCUACAUUUUUGGAGCAACCAGGAUGUACACAAGGAAAACAUCUGUGGAAGUCUAAAAACACAGAUAAGAAAGUGAAAUGCAGAAUGGAUUGGCAUCAAACUGGAUCUUUUGUAGUAAUUUCAGUCUAUGCCAAAAAAUACCAGCCUGAUAGAUCUUCUGUGAAAUUAAAUCCAAUACGACUUUCUGUAGAGAUAUUCUUCUUAGAAGAAAACUCUAAAUACAAUUUAGAUCUUGAAUUAAGAGGGAUCGUUGACGUGAAUCAAAGCAGUGUAAAUAUGCUUCCAACUAAGGUAGAAAUUAAAUUAAAGAAAGCAGAACCUGGAUCUUGGGCAAAGCUAGACUUCCCUCGAGGAAUGGAUUAUUCUAGUGAACCUGACACAUCUCAGAAUAUCGAGGAAACAAUUAGCACACAAGUGGAUGCAGUAGACCUUGCUGAUUUGUAAUUCUAAACCAUUAUUUAAAUGAGUUACAAUUUAAAAGUUUGUUUAUCACAGUGCUUAUUCAAUUAUUUGAAAGAAAAUUUAUUUUAUUUUCAGCAUAACGCAUCAAAUAUUGCCAAUAAGCUCAAAGCAUUUGUUUACAGAUAAAUAAAAAGCAUAUACUAUAAUUAUAGCUGCAUAUUUAUGCUGUAUACUUUUUGAAUUAAUAAAACGGUCAUUAAUUGUA